GGAGCUCGCUCGGUCGCUCUCGCGGUCUGUCUCGGCGGCGGACGGCCUGCGAUCAUCCCCGCCGGGAGGAACUGUGCAGCGGAGAGAUAGAGUGGCCGGCAGCAGCGGCUGUGAGAGGCGAGCCGGAGAGUGAGCGGGAAUUGGAGCAGGAUCGACAUUACCGCGGCGGAGAUGUGCGCGGCGGGGAGGCGCUGGGGCCGGCGGCAGCGAGCUCUGCUCUGGGCCGUCCUGCUGGCGGCGUGGGAGGCGGCGUGGGGGCAGCUGCGCUACUCGGUGCCCGAGGAGAUGCCCAAGGGCUCCUUCGUGGGCGACGUGGCCAACGACCUGGGGCUGCAGCUGCCGGAGCUAAGAGAUCGCGGCGUCCGAGUGGUCUCGGAAGGUAGGACGCAGUAUUUCGCUCUGCACGGGAAGACGGGACAUUUAGUGACGGCGGAGAGGAUCGACAGAGAGCAGCUGUGCCGGCUGGUGGAGAAAUGCGUGCUGCGCUGUGAGCUGAUCGUGGAGGGGGAAAUGCAGGUUUACCGAAUCGAAGUGGAAAUCACGGACAUUAACGACAACGCGCCGAGCUUUCAGGUUGAGCUGGAAAAGAAUGAGAAUGAGCGAGACUGACAGCUCCCGGGGUCGCGGUUUCCCCUGCCAGACGCUCACGACCCGGACUCGGGCCGGAAUUCCCUGCAGCGCUACGAGCUGAGCGGUGACGAGCACUUCUCGCUGGCCGUGCAGGCGGGCCCCGGCGGCGAUCAGCGUCCCGAGCUGGUGCUGGCCAAGGCGCUGGACCGGGAGGAGGCGGCGUUUCACGAGCUGGUGCUGAGGGCGAGCGACGGCGGCGAUCCGGCACGGACGGGCACGGCUCGGAUCCGUGUGACGGUGGUGGACGUGAACGACAACGCGCCCGUGUUCAGCCAGGCGGAGUACACGGUGCGUGUGCCCGAGGACGUGCCCGUGGGCUCUGUCCUCGUCACCGUCACGGCCACGGAUGCCGAUGAGGGAUUGUACGGGCUCGUGAAAUACUCGUUGAAAAAGGUUUCCAACAUGGCAUCGGAUAUCUUCCAUCUGGACUCCGAGACUGGAGCGAUCAGUCUGUUUCGAAGUCUGGACUUCGAGGAAGGAGACUCUUACGAACUGGAGGUGCAGGCACGGGACGGAGGACAGCUUUUUGACACUGCCAAAGUCACGAUCACCGUGACAGACAUAAAUGAUAAUGUGCCAGUGAUUUCUGUGAGGUCAGCGCUGAGUGAGAUUUCUGAGGAUGCCCCGUCAGGGACCGUGGUCGCCCUGUUACACGUGCAGGACCGGGACUCGGGGGCCAACGGUGCCGUGCGCUGCUCGCUUGAAAAGGACGUCCCGUUCCGGCUGGAGAAGUCCUUUGAUGAUUACUACCGCGUGGUGACAGCGAGAGAGCUGGACCGAGAGCAGGUGUCGGAGUACAAGGUGACGGUGCGGGCGGCGGACGGCGGGUCGCCGGCGCUGCAGAGCAGCGCGGUGCUGGCGCUGCGGGUGCUGGACGUGAACGACAACGCGCCGGUGUUCGCGGAGGAGCGCUACAGCGCGCGGCUGGCGGAGAACAACGCGGCGGGCGCGCUGGUGCUGAGGGUGCUUGCGACGGACGCGGACGCGGGGCAGAACGCGCGCGUGCGGUACCGGCUGCGGGAGGGGCGGGUGCGGGGCGCGCCGCUGUCGUCGUACGUGUCGGUGCAGGCGGAGACGGGCGCGCUGUACGCGCUGCGCUCCCUGGACUACGAGCAGGUGCGCGAGCUGCAGCUGUGGGUGGUUGCGGAGGACGGCGGCGCGCCGGCGCUGAGCGGCAACGCGUCGGUGCGGCUGCUGAUCGCGGACGAGAACGACAACGCGCCGCGGGUGCUGUACCCGCCGGCGGGCGCGGGCUCGGGCGGCGCGUGGUCGGGCGUGGAGCUGGCGCCGCGCGGGUCGGAGGCCGGCGCGCUGGUGGCCAAGGUGGUGGCGGUGGACGCGGACGCGGGGCAGAACGCGUGGCUGUCGUACGAGCUGGCCAAGGCCACGGAGCCGGGGCUGUUCCGCGUGGGGCUGCACAGCGGCGAGGUGCGCACGGCGCGCUCGCCGCUGGCCCGCGACGCGGCGCGCCACAGCCUGGUGGUGGUGGUGAAGGACCACGGGCGGCCGGCGCUGUCGGCCACGGCCACGCUCAGCGUGCUGCUGGCCGACAGCGUGGCCGAGCUGCUGGCCGAGCUGGGCGGCGCGGCCGAGGCGGCGGCGCCGGGCGAGCCGGCCGGCGGCCUGACGCGCUGGCUCGUGCUGGCCGUGGCCGCCGUCUCCUGCCUCUUCCUCGCCUUCCUGCUGCUGCUGCUGGCGCUGCGCCUGCGGCGCUGGCGCCGCCGCCGGCUGCUGCCGCCCGCCGCCGCCGCCGCCUUGCGCGGCGUGCCCGUCUCGCACUUCGUGGGCAUCGACGGCGUGCGCGCCUUCCUGCACUCCUACUCGCACGACGUGUCGCUCACGGCCGACUCGCGCAAGAGCCACCUGCGCUUCUCCCGCGACAGCUGCUGCGACACCCUCCCGGCGCGGCCGCUGCCCGACGAGCCCAAGCCGCUGCUCGGCGACGAGGAUUCUGCUGCCGCCCGCCCCUCGGACCCCUCCGCUCCCUCGGGAACUAUCAUCUCAUGAUCAAGUGGACCAGAGAGGAGAUGGCCACAAGCAAAACCUCCCAGCUGCAUGGCGCAGAAGAAGAAGAAGAGAGGGGAGCUGUGUGUGUGAGGCUGGAGAAGAAGUCGGUCAUUCCCUUGCUUGUCAUAUGUCACAGAUAACACAGGCCCGUGCCUGAUGGAGUGCAGUGUGAUUGGAGUUGCUUCUGUGGAGCAAGUGAGCCCUACAAAAUGUUAUUGCAUCUGUUCAUUUCUCUGUGUUCCUGACUCUUGCACUGCUUGUUGUCAUGAGCUCAGCCUGAGCGUGUCUGAUCUUGUGUGGAAGGUCUCCUCUGUCCCGAUUGCCCGAGUGCAGGUGCAGUUCCCACACGCACCUGGGAUGGUUCCAGCUGUAAAGAGGAAGGGUUUCAUAAGCACAGCUGUGCUCACCCAGGAGCACUUUGUCUGUCGUGUAAUAAUGCAGAAACAUCUCUGCUGCGGUCGUCAAAGUGCAGAGCAGCCACCCAGCCCAGCCAAGGUUUCCAUGAACAGAUCAGGGGCCAGGGGGAGAACCUGUGCAGUGUCCCCCACAUCAUCACCUGGAGGAAGAUGCUGGGCAAUCAUCUGGAGGCUGUUAAAUGGCAGAGGAACAGGCUGCACAGCCAUCUCCAAAGAGUUCUUGGCAGUGGCUCCAUGUCCAGCUGGAAAGCAGUAACUUGUGUUGUCCCUCAGGGGUCCUUACUGGGACCAGGACUGUUUAGUACCUCCAUGGACAAUGGGAUCGAGUGCACCCUGAGAACAUUUGCAGCUGCCACCAGUGUGAGUUGAUUCCCCAGAGGGCAGAGAUGCCACCGAGGGCUGGGCUGGAGAAGUGGCCCCGUGCAACCAUCACGGAGGUGAACAGGGCAAAGUGCAAGGUCCUGCACCCGGGGUAGGGCAAUCCCCAGUGUGAACAGAGAGCAGGGGACAGGGAAGCGCUUAGCAGAGAAGUACUUUGGGUUCUGGGUGGGUGACAAGAUGGGCCAUGAGCCGCCCAUGGGCACCUGCUGCUCCGAUUGUGUCCUGCACUGCACAACAAGUUUUGUGCCCGGCGGGUCGAGGGAGAUCCUUCUCCCCUCUAAACGCUUUUUGUGAGACCAUAGACUGCAUGCAGAUCCUGGGCCAGUAUCCCAAAUGGACAUGCUGGAGUCCCCAGAGGGAUCAUGGAAUUGAUCUGAGGGUUGGAACAUCUCUGCUGUGC